AUGCCCUAUGGCGGCCCUGCCAAAUCCCCUGAACUGGAACGAGCCCAAACUAGGCUCCAGCAGUCUGAACUCUCCUUUUCACGGACUCAGCAAGAGCUCCACCAGGCAAUGAGGGUCCGAGCUACCACGCCCAUGUCAGCCAACGAAUAUUCUGCCAAGGACCAAGAAAUCGCCCAACUCAAACGCAAGUUGAGGGAGACUGAAGAAGAGAUGAAGAAACUGCACGAGACCAUCGAGAAGCAGAAGAUGACCAUCAAGACCCAGAGCGAGGCCAUCGCCAAUCCCAAGCAGCACUUUCCAACACCCACCUCUCACCGUUACGGCGGCAAUCAGUAUGGCCAGGCCAGUCUUGCUCUGCCCCCUCCACCACAACCAAUCUUCGCUGACACGGCCCCAAUGACCACGCCGUCGUCUCAGUCCGGUCCGAUGCGUCCAUCUGGUCCUCUUCCUCACCAGCGUCAAACCCCAUCUCCAUUCAGCGCUCCUCGCAGCCAGCAGCCGAUCAGACAACCCCAAGGUCCUCAGGUUCAUCACACGGUCACUCCCUUCCGUCAGACCCGCAGUGUCAACGACUACGGCUCUCCUGAGGCAAUGAUGCACUCAUUCGCCAAUCUCGGACUCUCGAACACUCCUGUGGGUUCGGCCAAUAGAGGCAACGAGACCCCGAGUUCGUCCACAAGACAUCAUACUCGUGGCAUACCCUCCAAUGUCACGCAACCUUCGCCUGCGCCUACCUUCAAUCCUGCCAAUGGCAUGGCGUUGGUGCAAGCACCUGACAUGGGAGCUGCUGUGGCUGCUUUUGCUCCAUCGGAGAUUGCCAGAAAAUUCGGCGAAGUCUUGCACAUGACCGAGACAUAUGCCUAUUCGCAUGUCAACGCACCGAGCACUCAGAAGGACAAUGCGAUGCCGCAGGAGGUGAAGCAACGGCUCCUGAAUGCGGCAUCGACCACCUCGGCAUUCCAGUUCAUGCAAACUCCCUUCACUCGCUACAUGCUUGUGAACAAGGUCAUUCUCCAGUUCGUCAUCCGGACCAUCCUCAAGCACGACACGUUUGCCGGAUUCGACCCUCGUGUUGAUCAAGCCGUGGAGAAUUGCAAGAAUCAGAUGUACCAGACUACGCCAGCACAAGUCAAGUACCAGCUUCUUGCCACAAUGGCGGAGCAGGUCAGAAGCAUCAAGGCGAACCCCAACUUCCCGGCGUUCGUCCAAAGCAUUGCACGCAGCCGUGGCAACGAGCUCUGGGGCAUCCUCAAGCCGAUGAUGCACCAGAAGACGUCUCGCGAUUGGGAAGACCUGUACGAACUGAUGCUCAAAGCCCAUGAGCUCGCUGAGAUGAUGUACUCUGGCGCCGAGGAGUACAAGUUCGACUUUCCGGCCAUGGGCCAGCGCUUUCAGAAGGACACGAUGGAGCCGCGCGACCCGUACCGCAACAUCCUGACUCCCGACCAGCUCGAACAGUUGGGUGCAACUGUCAGACUUGGAAUGACUCCGCUUAUCACUUCUCGCACUAGCACCGCGGCUGGAUAUGUCAACUCGGCCCAGGUCAUGAAGGCAUUCGUCUUGUUGAAGACGGAUAGAUGA